GGCAAGUAGUGCAAGUGCAGCAACAGCGCCAUCACACUGCUCUUCAAACAAACACAAGACAUAAAGGCGAAUAGCGAGUGCCGACAUCUUACUGAAGGGCGUCCAUAGCGUUCAACACCGAAUAAUCGGCGUUUUCUGCUCUCCUGAGCCGACUCGCGAGCAGUCAUGGCGAGCCGCCAGUACUCAUUACGGUGGAACAACUACGCCAAGCAUCUAUCGACCGCUUUCGACUCGUUGCGAAGUGAACGAGAUCUGACUGAUGUCACACUGAGUUGCGAGGGCAAAAGGGUGCCCGCACACAAGAUGCUCCUCUCUGCCUGCAGUUCCUAUUUCAAAUCUCUGUUCAAGGAGAACCCUUGCCAGCACCCUGUCAUCAUUUUCCGCAAUGUGGCGUUUGAUGACUUGAUGGCGCUAGUUGAAUUCAUGUACAAAGGAGAGGUGAAUGUGGAGGAGGAGAGACUCUCGUCCUUCCUGACCACUGCCGAACUGCUUGAGGUCCAGGGCCUAACUAACAGCGGCAAGGACGUGGACAAAUCAAAAAAGACUGAUGAUCUAGAGAAAGAGACUGAUAUUAUGGAGCAGCAGCCUGAAGCCGAUUCAUCACCUUUCGCUCCCUUUGUUGACACGGCAAAGUCGUCUCCACCUACGCCAUCAGCGUCGAGAAAGAGGAGGCGCGUGUCGCCACCUGAGACUGAGGAGGAGAGCCUUCCCAAAGUGGCGGCUUUGGAAGAGGAUCCUGUGAUAGAGUCAGAUGAUCAUGAUGUGCAUCUGAAGACAGAGGCGCCUGACUUUGAGCACAUCGAACUGAACCCUGAGGACUCUGUUGACGCUGAUGACAUGGCUGCUGCUGGACAGGACUUGGAAAGCGAAGUGGAUAACUUUGCAAUGGCUGGACCCUCCAACGACUCGCUGGUCGAGGAUAAAGAUGAAACGCCCACCGGAGAACUGCUAGAGCAUCCUGACCUAGCCAACAAAAUUCCAGUUCAAAGCCAACUGGAACAGUUACAAGAAGAACUGCUUGAACCAGAGGAAGACGACACCACUUGCAAGGUUUGCGGCAGAACGGUUAGCACUCGACACAACCUUCAGGUGCACAUGACCACGCACUUAGCAAAUCGGGCCCGCCUGGCUUUCAAAUGUUCAAAAUGCGGAAGGAUACUGACCAGUGAGGAGAACCUCAGGAGACACAUGAACAAGUAUUGCAAGAAGGGAUCGAAGCAGCAACUUGGAAGCAAACUCAAGACCAAAGCCAAAGCGGGCAACAAGACUUGUGGAACGUGCGGCAAAAAGUUCAUCUCGCCACAUAGCCUGCCGCGACACAUGGCCAUGCAUGAGGGCCGCACCACAUGCAAGAAAUUACGAAUGGACUCGCAAAGAUUAUGGAAAAAAUAUAGUUUCCGCACAUCUCGUCAGUUCUUAUGAGAGCAAGUAUGGGUGGCGAAAACUGUAAGUCGGUGGCGGAAAGUGUAAUUUUUAUAAUGGAGCAAACACCACAAAAGUUGAAAAAUUCUUUGCAUAUCAAUUUGAUUUUUACUCUAAAUUUUAAUAUCAUCAAUUGUGCAUGCAAAUGCAAACUAUCGUAAAAACACUAAAACACGAAAUUUUGUUUGCGCUUAUCUUUCGGUAAAUACAAAUAUUUAAAACUUUAGGAGCAGUUCUCCGCGUAUGGAAUUUUUUUCGUUUAAUGUUUAGGUGACAAUUAUAUUUGCUUAAAGUACUUGUUUGUAGAUGGUGAAAUUUCAAGUUUGAAGCUCGGAAAAUUCAAAAGUAAGGGAUAAUAAGCCCUUUGAUUUUUUUCGGGGUUAGGGCUGAAAUGUAACCCGUGAAAUUGUGCAUAGUAGUCGAAAUUUAAGUUUAAUUUUUAAAGCUUUUUUAAAAAAUAUAUGGUUUAUUUUUAGCAGUAUUCUUAUCUAUUUUCAAACUUUUAACAGAUUUUGCAGUGCUUGAGUCUUCCCCUGCAAAUGGAGUUGCUAGUGUGAACUCAUGGAAAGGUCGCAAAGUUUACUGCAACAAAGACCAAAGACACACCAAGACUAACCCUGACUAUGAAUGCAUAUCAAGAGCAGUGCAGCCUUUACCAACAAAAGGAAAAUGAUGAUCAGUUUUUGAAAUUUCCUAGAAACUCCAAAGAGCCUGGCCUCCGAGUACUAAAAAAUUCCCCGAGAGGGCUAAUGAUUUAAACAACAAUAGAACUGGAUAAAGUCACUAGCAAAGAGCGAGGACCAAAUCAACCAGCGAAAAAAAUUAGCCAUCGGUUAAGGGAUCUUGCUUUCUCUAUGGUCCAUGAGUGGACUGCAUUAUUUACAUCAGUAAAUGGAGACAAGAAACCUUGAGGGGAUAACCGCAUCGCCCACGCACCCUUCCCAGAAGAGGUCUUGGAGGAAGUUUGUGGUUGGUUUUCACAAUGCAUUGCAAUACCUAGGAUUGGGCCCUCUGAGAUGGGUGGAUAGAUCUUUGAAGCAGCCUCUUCAAAAAUUUAUGUCAAAGAAAAAAAGCUUGACAUCUACCUCACUGAUUACUCCCGACCUGAUAACAGUGACGAUCUGCAGUUCAAAGAUGAAAAUGAGAGCGUGCAAAUUUGAAGAAAUUCCCGAUAUUCAUAAGGAUAUAUGAAACAAGAUGAAAAUCAGCUAUCUCAAGCUAUAUUUUCAAUUUAACUAUGGGCCUUUGCAAUUUUGCAGUUAUGUAUGAUGUACCUUAAGCAAUAAUUAAAAUAUAUCCAAUUAAUCCAAUUGGUUACUCAGUA